AUGGCAAUGAGCAAAGCUGCAAUAGAGGUCACUUGGCUUUCUCGGUUGGUAGCUGAUUUUGUCCUACGUAUCGCGCGCAAUCCAGUCUUUCAUGAACAGAUUAAAUAUAUCGAGUUGGAUUGCCAUUUCAUCAAGGGUAAGCUUGGUGAUGGACUAAUCAGUUUGGGCCAUGUUUCUAGUGAUGCUCAGGUUGUUGAUGUCCUUAAGAAAGCUCUUCUUGGGCCUGUAUAUCAUUUUCAUCUUUGCAAGUUGGGGGUCUUGUCACCCUCCAACUUGAAGAGGGUUGUUAGACUAGGCCUAGUUGACGUAGGUUAA